AUGAUAUUGACAAAGAAUUUGAUCAUCAAUCGCAUAUCGUUUUACUUCAAACGAAACAGCAAUCUUAGUUACACACCUCCACGUAUCAGAUUAUCGUCGAAAAUGUUCUUGGACAGAACCCGUUUACUCAUUCUAUACCUAACUGUAAAUUUACCACUGAUCAUGGUGACGACAGCGAGUGUACAACCAAGCAAUGAUCAUAAGAUAAAAAAUAAAAAUUCUACUCAAGAAAUCAGUUCAUUGAUUGUUGUCGACGUUCAAAACUGUUUUAUCAGUGGAAAUCUUGCUUUGAUUGAUAGUCCUGCUAAGCAAGAGGGUGCGGAUGUCGUUCCCAUUAUCAACCAUCUCUUGCAAACAGUUUCAUUCGAUGUCAUCAUUUACACUCAUGAUUGGCAUCCAACUGAUCACAUAUCCUUCUAUCAGAAUCUUAACAAACGUAGACAGUAUUUACUAGGUGAUCAAAAUAAGAACUAUAGCUUAUUCGACACAGUUACGUAUAAAGGUCCAUUAGUGCAAACAGAACAAGUUUUAUGGCCACUUCAUUGUAUACAAAAUACGAACGGUGCGAAGUUACACAAAGAUCUUAUCGUGGAAUCGAAAAGCAAUGUUUUUCAUGUGAGAAAAGGUCUGAAUCCUGAUGUUGAUAGUUAUUCUGCAUUCUGGGAUAAUAACAAGCAACAGAAGACAGAUUUAGAUAGCAUACUUCGGAGAUGGAACGUGACACAUGUGUAUGUUACCGGAUUGGCUACAGAUUACUGUGUAGCAGCAACAGCGUUGGAUGCGAUUGACCUGAAAUAUACGACAUAUCUUGUUGAAGAUGCGUGCCGAGGUGUUAGUUUGGAAACCAUUGAUAAGAAAAAGCAAGAAAUGAAACAGCGAGGAAUAACUUUUGUGCAGUCAAGUCAAGUGAAAGCUUUGGUAGAUGGUGCGAUUUGCAAUAGAAUCUAUUUGAUAUUGAUGAGCUUUUCAAUAGUUGUGUCAUUUUUAUUGAAAUGA